AUGUUAACAUCUAAAGCUAUCCAUUUGAGAUCGAAAGGCACUUCUUUUAUAAGAGUUCAGUAGAGAGGUUUCGAUGAUUUCGCAGACCUUGACAGAGGAUUUAGGAAAUAGUUUGGCGGCAAUACUGCAUCAUAUAAGUUUAUUAACCUUGGUUUUCUGUUGUUUAUUAGAGAAAAAAAUUCAUGUCUUAUACAUAGAUUUGAGAAAUAUAAUAGACGCUUAGACUAAGGCUUUAACUUUAAGAUUCCUUUUAUUGAAAAGAUCGCUUACUGUCAUGAUUUAAGAGAAUAGGUUAUAGAAAUAUUACCAUAGACAGCAGUAACAAGGGAUAAUGUAGCAUUAAAUAUUGAUGGAGUCCUUUACAUUCAGAUUAUCGAUCCAAUCAAGGUUUCCUAUAAUGUUGAAAACAUUUAUACAGCCAUUACCAACUUGGCUCAAACAGUUAUGCGCUCAGAAAUAGGUAAAAUCAGUUUGGAUAGAACAUUUGAGGAAAGAUAAAGUUUGAAUGAAAAGAUAGUGAAUGCCGUUCACAGAGAGACUGCUGAUUGGGGAAUAAAGACUAUGAGAUAUGAGAUUAAGGACAUUGUUCCACCAGAAAACAUUUAAAACUCAAUGAUUUUACAAGCCGAAGCUGAGAGGAAAAAAAGGGCUUAAAUCUUGGCGUCAGAAGGAGACAGAGUUUCUAACAUUAACAGAGCAGAGGCAAGCAAAAGAGCAUAGGUACUAGAGGCUGAAGGCAAAGCUGAAUCUAUGAUUAUUUAGGCAGAAGCCUCAUCUUCAGCACUAACCUCAAUAGAUGAAUCGUUAAAGUCCCCUUCUGGAAUGGCAGCAGCAUAGUUUUUGCUCGGACAAAGAUAUAUUUAAUGCUAUCAAAGAUUAGCAAAGAAAGAUAACUUGAUUGUGAUGAAUAAUGGACCAAUCGAUGUAAAGGAGAAGAUUCAAGACUCUCUUAAUUUCUUUAGGGAGAUUAAAAAUGAAACUUAGUUGUGA